AUGCAGGCCAACAACAUUGAAAAGUCAUACAUCAGCUGUUCGAGUCCCGGAACCAAUCUGUACGCCAACGACACAGCAGCAAACAUUCUGCUGACGCGGGAAAUGAACAAUUUCACUGCCGAUCUGAAGCGGGAAUACCCAGAUAAAUUCGGGUUCUUCGCCUCGCUGCCGCUGCCAGAUAUCGAUGCUGCUCUGGAAGAGAUUGACCGAGCUUACGACGAACUCAACGCUGAUGGAUUCGUCUUCAUGUCGAACCACUGGGGCCUUUACCACGGCGACCCUGCAUUGGCACCUGUCUAUGAAAAAAUCAACGAGCGCAACGGCAUCAUCUUUAUCCACCCCACCAACCCUUGCCCCAGAAUGGCGCCGACCGACGUUCGAGGAACAGAGCUGCUUGGGUAUGUCGCGCCGCUCGAUCACGUCUUUCAAGCACCCAUCCUAGAAUUCAUCUUUGACGCGGCACGCACCGUGGCCGACCUGAUCCUCUCGGGGACGGUGAGGGACUAUGCCUCUGUCAAAUGGAUCAUCCCCCACUGCGGUGGCGUGCUGCCCGCUGUUUUUGAACGAUUCCUACGAACUUCGGCUCUUUUGGGUGGAAAAGCAACGUCUGAUCGUCCUGCUAUCCCCUACAAUCUCCAGAAUGCAACCGAGUUGCUCCAGGGUCAAUUCUGGUUUGACUUGGCUGGUUUUGCCAUGUCGAGUCAGAUUUUCAGUAUGGCCCGCUUCUGGGGAGCGGACAAGUUUGUGUAUGGAAGUGAUUUCGCUUUCACUCCAUUGCCAGCUGCGGUUGGCCUGACCGGUGAAAUGAAUGAGACUCUGCCAGAGUUGUUCAACGAGACUGAGAUCUCGUGGAUGUUCAGAGGGAAUGCCAUUGGAUUGCUGGGCGAAUAG